AUGCGUGCUAUCUCGGUCGCCACGUUCAUCUUUUCCACCCUUGGCCAGAUCAACGCUACUCCAGCUCGCCGAGACGGUUGCGGGAGCCUUUCGGGUACAGGCGACGUGUCGAACUUCAAGCUCUCCGCCGUUCACCAAGUGGGCGACGCUAUCACCACACCCGAGCUAGCGCUCAUACCGGAGACACCGUCACUGUUCAACAGCUGGAUUGGGAUCUCGAGUGAAAUCGAGACCACUUUCAACAUGACGGAUGGAGGCAUUACGAGUAAUAGUGGGGCCGUCUCGCAGUCAGUCACAGACAGUGACCCGCUGUUCUUUCUCUCUCAUGUGGAGAUACCACCUUUUGAGGUGUACUGUUCCGUGGUGCGUUAUUGCCUAUCCUUCUGUCCCGGUGCCGACUAA